AUGGCUGAUACGCCGCACAAGCUCCUUCUCGCGGAAAUCUGCAGGCCUUUCAACUUCAGCGUGACGGUUGCACUUCCAAUACUGACUGGCCUCGUUGUGCAUGGCCUGUCUCAAUACCGCGAACCCCCGGCACAUCUUGCCCUUGGCUUUACCAUAGUCCUUGCGCCUACUGCGGCUCUUGCACUAAAGGAUGCCUGGAAUGUGACCAUACAAGAAGCUAGCUGGGCGGUGGCCUUUAUCUACACUCUAUUCGCUACUAGUCUCUCAUUCUCGAUGGCUAUAUACCGUGUCUUCUUCCAUCGUCUCCGUCAUUUCCCAGGCCCUGUGUCAUGCACACUGAGCAUGUGGUCAUGGGUCAUCAAUGAUUGGAAAGGGGACCGCUUUUACCAGAUUCAGAAGAUGCACCAACAAUCGGGAGACUACGUACGAAUUGGCCCUCGCCAGAUCUCCAUUGCUGAUCCGGACGCGCUUAAAGUGAUUUACGGACCCACUGGGCCAAGUACCAAGGCAACUCGCGGCCCAUGGUACGAGGCUCAGUCAAUGACCCCUAAUGUCUACAGUCUGCAAACACAGCCGAAGAUCUCUGACCAUAAUGUUCGUCGUCGUGACUGGGAUCCUGCCUUUAGCAUCAAAGCACUCGAAUCCUACCAGCCUAAUAUCCUUCGAAAUUCAGAGCUGCUCAUGCAGCAAGUCGAGCGACUAUCAUCCAAGGGUCUCGUGGAUGUCAAGGAGGGUAUGCUCUGGUUCGGCUUUGAUGUUAUGGGGGAACUCGGCUUUGGUCGCUCGUUUGGCACCCUGAAAGACGGAAAGACAUCAGACAUUGUCCACCUAGUCGAAUUUGGUGUACGUGCUAUUAAGACUAUGGGCAAUGUACCUUAUCUUGCGUCUAUCCUCCGCCUGCUGCCAAGCCCGCUAAUCGCUUUCGAAACCUGGCUUAAAGAAGCCCUCGACUGGAGGCUGGCAAAGGCUGACAUGCACGAGUCUCUUGACGCUGAUGUGUUUGCGUACCUUCUUGGUGAACGAGGCAAGCAUCAUCGUAACCUUAAUAAGGAGGAGCUCUAUCAGGAUUGCAUGCUUAUUGUGGUGGCUGGAAGCGACACAACUUCAAACGCCUUGUCGAUCGUUCUGUUCGAGCUUGCUAAGAAACUCGACUUGGUCCAGCGCCUCCGCGAGGAGAUCGAUUGUCUGUUCCCCGACGGCGCACCCAUUGAUGACUUUAAAAAGCUUCGAGAUGAUGCGCCAUUAAUAAAUGCAUGCCUAAACGAGGCGCUCCGCCUGUGGCCUCCAGUCCCCUCCGGUUUGGACAGACACACUCCGGUCCCCUUGGCUAUGCCAAAAGGUGUCGUGAUUCCAGCCAACACUGUUGUUUCAACCCACUGUUUCUCCAUGCACCGAGAUCCGCGGAAUUUCUACGAGCCCAACGAAUUUAUUCCGGACCGAUGGAUUAAUGGUCCAGUGGAGUCCAAGCCUCAUAAUAUUAAGGCCUUCUCUCCGUUUGGCUAUGGGGUAACCUCUUGUGUCGGCAAGAACCUUGCCUUCAUGGAAAUGAGGGUGGUUCUUGCCAUGUUCAUACGCAGGUUUGACUUCACGAUGAAGCCGGAAGACGCGGUAAGAUUCAGCGGCUCCAUCCGGGACCAAUUUGUUUCUUGUUCUGGUGAAAUGUUAAUGAAAGUUUCCCCGCGGAAGCGAGUAUCUGCUUGCUAA